CAAUUUGCUUGGCAAAUUUGAAGUGUCUUGUUUUGGAUAUACCUGUCCAGGUCCCUGAAAAAUCCUCACGGUCGUAUUGUCACGUGAUUAUGGCCACAGAGUACGAAGGAUUCACGAUUAUUGAUCUGCCAGUUCAAGUAAAAGAUGUAAAGAAAAAACACGAUAACAGAAUGCCUGACGGCCGAGUUUGCCCUGAUCAUUUCAGGGGAUGGCUGCUUAAGUGGACUAACUACAUAAAGGGAUAUCAAAGGCGAUGGUUUGUUCUGUCGAAUGGCUUAUUAUCAUAUUACAGGAGCCAAGCCGAAAUGGCUCAUACAUGUCGUGGGACUAUUAAUUUAGCCGGCGCUUUUAUCGACACUGAAGACGCUUGUAGUUUCGUCAUCUCAAAUGGCGGCACCCAAGUUUUUCAUCUUCGGGCAUCUAGCGAAGUGGAGAGACAACGAUGGGUUACAGCACUUGAACUGGCAAAAGCAAAAGCUAUUAAAAUGCUUGAAUCAGAUGAAGAGGAGGAGGAGCCGUUUGAGGAUAUUAAGCCUUUGAGCUCUAAACUAGAAGACCUGCAGACUUGUAAUGACUUGGUAGGCAAACAUGGAGCAGCUUUGCAGCGGUCAAUAGGAGAACUACAAGAAAUAGAGGACCAACAGGCCUUAAUAAACAAGCUGAAAGCUGUCAACGAGAAGGCUACCCUGUUCCGAAUCACAUCCAAUGCAAUGAUUAGUGUAUGUGCAAUGUUUUUAUUCCAUCAAUGAAUUCAAUGUGAUUCUUAAUGAACCAUAUUUCUUUUGUUUAUGUAUUAUCAAAUGAAGUCAAGAUAAAUUCAUUUUCUGGGCUAUGAAUUUAAAGUUUUUGCAACCAUGA